AUGGCCUCCAAAAGCAGUCUUUCUUAUGCACAGCGGGGUGCAGCACACCCUAAUCCACUCGUUAAGCAGCUCUUUGCCGUAGCCGAACGGAAAAAGACAAAUGUGGUUCUGUCGGCAGACUUGACCACCACGGAAGAACUCCUCGCUAUUGCUGACAGUCUGGGACCAUAUAUCGCCGUUCUCAAGACGCACAUCGAUAUCCUGUCAGACUUUGGUCCGAGGACGAUUGAGGGACUGGUCAGCUUGGCCCAGCGUCAUGAUUUCCUUCUUUUCGAGGACCGCAAGUUCAUUGACAUUGGUAACACCGUUCAAAAGCAAUACAAGGGCGGUGCACUUCGGAUCCAUGAGUGGGCUCACAUCGUCAACGCCAGCAUUCUCGCCGGCGAAGGAAUUAUCCAGGCCUUGGACCGAACCAUCCGCGAAGGCGGGCUAUCGGAACGAGGAAUUUUGAUUCUAGCCGAAAUGACUUCAAAGGGGUCACUGGCAGUGGGUGAGUACACUCGGGCAUCAGUUGAGAUUGCAAGAAAGUACCCUCAAAGCGUCGUGGGCUUCGUGUCAACGAGGGAGUUGUCCCACCACUCGCCCAACGCCACGGCGAAUGAAGAUUUCGUAGUGUUCACGACCGGUGUCAAUAUCUCGAGCACAGGAGAUGCUCUCGGACAACAAUAUCAAACCCCCACGGCCGCCAUGGAGGGAGGGUCCGAUUUUCUUAUUUCCGGGAGAGGUAUCUACGCUGCCCCCGAUCCCGUGACCGCCGUAAAAGUGUAUCAGAAGGCAGGUUGGGAAGCGUAUAGGCGACGAAUAUCCUCAGCCAACGAAUAG